AUGGUAUCUGCAGCUACGUUGAAAGAACGUAGUAUAACUACAUCAUCAUCAUCAUCAUCAUCAUCGCCACCCACUACUACUCAUACCAAGAGAAAGGUGAAUGAGUUGGGAGACAUUUCUAAUACUCCCAAUAAACAACAGAAACAACAAUAUACCCCUCAUCGCCGCCACAACAAUAAUAACAGCUCCUGGAAGCGUCGACAGCGACAACUACAACAACAACAACAACUGGUAAACCAUACGAAAUAUAUAGAUGGCAAUGAUGUCACUACACCCAAGAGCACUAGUUUAACUACUAGUACUUCUGACAAGCCAAUCACCAGACUGAAUCUGAGACACCAACUAUUACUACAAGAAAUGCAAAAUGAGGAGCCAGAAGAUGAACAGCAACAAGAACGUCCUUUGUUAAAGUGCAAGGUCAACCGUCAACUGCAUUCGUCUGGUAACCAAGAAAACUAUACUCAUCGAGUAGAACAUCGUCAAACGUCACCAUCACCAACUGACAUUUCCUCACCACCAGCUAUGAACCAAGAAGAAGAGUAUAUGUUGCAGGAAAUAACCAAGAAUUCGCAAUACUUUGAUCCGUCGAUUUCAAAUGAUCUUGGCAAUGGUCAUGCUGAUCAAAACCAAGACCAGCAAUCUUAUCAACAUAGGCGUUGCAAGUCAGUUACCUUUAGACUUCCUCAUGAUGAAGAAAAAGGGUUUGAAAACUCACCAUUGUUGACACCAAAGAAUGAUGAUAGUGACUUGGAAGAGGAAAUAUUGGCUAGACAUAAACAACAAUUGCACAUGCAAAAGGAACAAGACUUGGCAUCUGUAUAUCCUUCGACACCUCCUGAAUCUUUUCAACAUGACAACGACGAGGAGGACGGGGUUGAAACAUCGCCUGUUGAACAAGUAUUUUCACCACAAUCACAAUCACAAUCACAAUCACAAUCAAUAGCUCUGGAAGCUAAACCUGAAGUACAACCACAAGAACAACAGCUGUCUGAUGUGUUGGCUAACAAUGCUGACUAUAUUUCUCUUUCAUCCACUUUGCAACUUAUCCAAAAUCAACGUGAUCAAAUUGAGCAAGAAAUUGUCCAGUUGUCACAACUCAAGACUCAAAUCAAUACCUCAUCAAGGGAAGAGACCAUUGGGUUUGUUACUAAGUUAUUACAAGGUGGAGACCAAUUGGGGUUGCCUAAACCAACACCAGUUGUGACUUGUCCAUAUAUUCAAUGGGAGAAAUAUCAUCCUACGUUGGCUAAUGUAUCGCAUGAUUUACAAAUGGAAUCAAAUAAGUCAAACAAGAAUGAUUCUCCUUUCAAGUUUGUCAUUUAG